AUGGCCGGUCGAAUGCUACUAUCUCGUCGGUUCCUUCAUGGGCUGAGGGUGGUUUAUAAAGAUGAGAAACUGAAGCAAAUGCUAAAGAAGUUGGGAAUGCAGCUUCAGAAGGGCCAAAUCAACCAUGACGAAGACCAAGGUCACGCUCGCGAGAUAGAGGAACCUUCAAGUCGACUGAAACCAGUGGCAACUAUACGCCAACCCCCGCUGCAUCAUCAGAAUAUCCUUUCAUAUUACUACGACAUCAUCUCCCAUAUGUCCGAAGAUGACCUUAUCAUACAACAGAAUUGCGAUCAAGGUAGACAACUCUUCUCCGUGCCAUCCGAUCAUUUCCUUGACCGCAAAUCUAUCAUUGCCAAUCUUCCUGACGAAAUAAACUUGCAAGACUCAAAACAAAUGGAACAAGUCGACGAGAUUUACAAAAAACUCUCAGAGUUGGACAAUGAUAAACUGGUUCAUUUAAAGUACUACAAGCGUUAUUUGAAUGACUAUGACGAUCCGGUGCAAACACUUAUACAGGGGUUCAACGGCAUAGAUAAAAAGUUCAAACUUUUACGUCGAAUGGAAAUCGAUUCGUUGAGUCUUGCUCCAGGUGCUUAUUUGUAUCUUGAAAACUUAUUCAAUCUUCCCUACAAUGUUGUUGGUUUUGAUCGCCUGUUUCUGGGUCUUCCACUUCGUAAGGAGCCCAUCGAAAAAUGCUUACCCCAAGAGUUCGUUGAAGACCUUCCAUGGUUCAGUACCAAAGUUUCUUUGCAUAAGAGAGAUCUUGAUUUUAUUGACCCAGAACAUUCCGUUUUGGUCGACCCAAAAAAGAUUACAAAGCACUAUCGGAACAAAAUGGACGGCUAUCGAAAACACGUGGAUAUGCCACCGAAUCUGAUUGUAAUUCCCGAUAUUACUAGAUAUCAUCAGCUUCCUCAAAACCCUGACAUAUCCGUGCGCAUUGAAAAUGAGAUAUUGUUGAUGCGCAAGAUGCUAGUAAACGAGAUAUCUGGUGUGCUUAAGGCUGGCUCUCCACUGACACGCCAUGUUGAAUUUCUGUUUAAGGACCUCAAAACAAAUCAAUGGAAACUCUGUGAAUCGCGCCUGCGCAAUACAGAUUCCAUGUAUGAGUACCGGAAUGUCGAAAAAGAGUUUAAUCUCGUGCCCAACUUUGCCAAUAUCAUGCGAUCCGUAAAGCAUCGUCGACAAUUGAAGGCCCACUUAGUCAAAUUGUUUUUGAUAAAUGUCGAAGACCAAGUUGACAUCUUGACCAGAAUAAAGUACUUGGAUGAUAAAGCUAUUGAAAAGUUCUUGCAAAAGUUGGUUCAGAACAUCAAUAAUGUCAUCAAAUACAAGUUGAUGCAUCACUUUAAGCCUAUCAAAAUACCUUGUGACAUAGACGCUUUGAUGUUUGAACCCUAUCAAAAUAGCAACCCACACUUCAAGCGCCUCCACUGGUUGAAUCGCUGGAAGCUUGAUCGGGAGUUCCGUCCAGUGCGCCGAGUAGGUGUGAAAUGCAAUUGGGGAAAUUUCGAAAAUUACGUUGAAUAA